UUUCAACAGUGUUGCCUAAACAUGUCUGGAAAUUAUUUCUUUGUAAUUGUUGGGCAUAAUGACAAUCCUGUUUUCCGUAUGGAGUUUAGCAAAUCGGGAGAAUCAACUACAAGGGAAGAGCACAAACAUCUUAAUGAGUUUGUUGCUCAUGCUGCUCUUGACCAUGUUGAGGAGAACAUGUGGACCACUACUUCGAUGUAUCUACGGAUUGUUGACAAGUUCAAUGAGUGGUUUGUGUCAGCAUUUGUAACAGCAAGUCGUAUGAGAUAUGUCAUACUGCAUGACAUCAAGAAUGAUGACGGAAUCAAGAACUUUUUUCAAGAUGUUUAUGAGCUUUACAUCAAAAUUUCAAUGAAUCCAUUCUAUAAGAUCAACACUCAAAUUGAGUCACCAGCUUUCAAACGGAAAGUUCAGCUUCUCGGCAAGAAGCACUUACUUGGAUAAGAAAUCCGUAUUAUAAUGCCUGCCAUAAUGACAGUGACAUAAUUAUGUGGCCACAACCCACAUUAGUCAUACAGAUAUUGUUCAGUUAUUGGACACGAUGGAGAUUAUAAUCUAACAUGACAUUUUAAAUUUAAUGACACGAGUUGUUGCUAUUGCUAUUGACUGUUUAAGGAUGUGAGA